CAGGGUUAAGAAGUCAGCUAAUUUAACUUUUCUAUCUGACAAAUACGGUGAACGUUUAGCGGUUUCUUAGACCUGAGUGUUUGAUCUGGCUAAGUCAUGAAAGGAGUGUACAAUUGUAGAAAGUGUACAUGAGUAGAUUUUUAAUGAACCAGUUUCUUUUCUUGUGGUUUUCGCACAAGACUAAGAGUAUAAGCCAUUGGUGAGUUGCCCAGUCCUCUGUUUCUAAUCUAAUUAAAUUAACUUUUCUAGAAAGAAUCUGGUUCUAAAAAAAAGAUUUGAAUCGACAAGGGAUAACUACCAAAUUGUAACGCUAUUAUAUGCACAAGCUGAGCAAAUUGAGUAAAAAGUUCUUCAAGGUUAAAUGCGUUUACUUUUAGCCCGAAUUUUAACCGUCUCCUCGAGUAGCAAUCGCGAGGAGACAACUGCAGAAAAUUCAGGCAAGUUUGCCUUAAUUUACAAAGCUCAUAAAUUCAGAGCUACAACAAAGUAGUUUAAUCUUUUGCAAUAGCUUUUAUUAUUGUUGUCAUCAUCUUUCAUUGGGAGGUGAAUAACAUUCAGCUCGCUUUAUAACAUUUGGCAAAAAAAUGAAGAAAGAAACCUUUUCCAGUUAACUUAGGAAUAUAACCAUAGAAAGGUACAGUCUAAAUAGUAGGUAUUAGAAAUGUAGUGUACUUUGAAAUUUUUAGGUUUAGUAUUUUGCUAAUUAUAACAAAGGAAGGGGUUAAAACGCUAAAGCUAAAGCGGGGAAAGCGGCCAAUGCAUGGUUAUAGAUGCUAUGAAUAGAUGCUGUCCAGAUGCUCUGGAUACUUUCAAAGCAGACUGUUCUUUGUUUUCUUUUUUGGUACCAGUUUGUUCUUAAAGGAGCUGUGUGACGAAAUUUAUCAUUAAUCAAAAUAAAAACAGGGGCACCCAACGAGAAUAUAGUUCAAAACGACAUAAACAUAGCAUUGUUGAACGUACUUUAGUAUUUAAACGGUAGAUAAAGGCUUAUUUUUAUCCCCUAAAAACUUUUCAUCUGUUCGGAUUUCCUAGCUGAAAGUAUAGUGAUCCGAAAAUUAUAGGAAUCAAAAUUUACCUUUUCGAAAAUUUCAGCCAGAAAAAAGGCUCCCGAAAAUUCUAGGUGACUUUUUUAGGGUAAAAAUCCGUUAAAAAUGGGCAAUUAUACCACUUUUUUGAUGUUCGAAAAUCCUAGGAGAGGUAAGCAAGCAAGAAAUUUUACAGAAAAUGAUCCGAAAAUUCUAGAUCUCAAAUCGUCUUCCGAACAGAUAAUUUUCCGAAAAUUGUCGCUGGGUGCCCCUGUAAAAACAGUGGCAACGGCCACCAAAUUGAGGGAAACAAUAAUUAGCAACCGCUCAACACGCUAAAAAAAGGAAUUAAUAGCACAGAAAACACAAAAGGAGGCACAGAUGGACAAACUAUACUCAGUAUUGAGAAAAUCUCGUAUCCCUAGUCGUCCUCGUCUCAGAAUCUAAAGCUCUCUAUUGUGUUACCUCAGGAACUUUUUAAAGAAAAGUAGCACUAUUUGCAGUCUAACCAAAGCAAACAAACUUUGAAAUGUAAUUGAAAAUAAUGGUUGUUUUCUUCUGAAUUUUAUCACUUACUCUUUAUUCACUGUCUAUAAAUUCUAAAAAGGGGCCGACCAUUUAAAACGGAAUCCACCAGGAAAUUGAGUAAUUUUAAUUUUCGGUGGACAAAAACAAUUAACCUUGUACGAGAAUAAUUUAAAGAAUAUUGCAUUCUUUUUUACAAUUUUUAGGGCUACAGAUAUAAUUAGUCAUCUGUAAUAACACCAAAGAACAUUUCUUAUGAGUACCCGAGAAAAUGAAUGUCAAAUUUUACAAAAUUACAUCUUACACAUGAAAGUUUCAGAAUUUUACCUGUGUUUUCACAAUUCUUUUAAGCCAUUCCCUAAUAGACCUCUUUCAUAAUGGCGGCCUACUGAUGUAUUCUUUUAUAUGUUAUGAUAAUUAGCCUUUAGCAUGUGUAAAAUACAAAAAAAUCCUUACUUUCAAACGAGGCCAGAAAGGCUAAUUAUGAUACAUAUAAAAGACGAUAGCCAAGAAGAUAUUAAGGUAAUAGGCCGCCAUAUUGAAAUAGGUCUAUGGAAAUCAUUUCUCAAACAGGUCGGAGGUACAUACGCGCCGAUGAAACACAAAUUUGACUUGAACAUUGAAGUGGACUUCAUGAUCAUGUACCACUUUUCCGUACUUUCCGCCAAAAGAGUUUCCAGUAGAUCCUUGGAAAUUUCACGGAAAUUUUCCUCACACCGGAAUAAGCCUAACAACAAUCCGGGAAAAUGAGAGCUCUAAAAAUAACUCAAACGGCCAGGGGAAAGUGUCAAAGAAAUCGCCCCACGUACUUGUAAGGUAAUCCACGAUAGCCUUGGAUUCUGUAUUUCAGUCUGUGGAUUCCUAUUCCCCGGUACUGGCUUAGCCUUUCUUGUCAGUGGAGCUUGGAUUCCCGAUUCGAUUUCGAUUCUUUGCCAGUAGAACUUCUUGGAUCCCGGAUUGAACCAAAUAAAAAAUUCCCCCCGUUCCGGAAUAUGGAUUCCCUUUGGCGAAAAGAGAAAAAGAAAGUCUCAUCCUACCUGCGAUAAGCGUUGGACCAACAAACCAUCCACCCACAGGAAUAGCACACGCAGAUGUACCGGCGAUCGUUAGCUUGCUGUGUACCGUACAGAUGCGUCGACAAACAGCGGUGGAUUCUCAUCUUGGAAGAAUUCUGGUGUUCCUUUCUGCAUGCAGGCGCUUUGUUGCUCUUAAGACACGGCAGCUGCAGCAGUUCUCAAAGAAGUUAAAACAUUUAUGUUUGGCGCUAGCAUCUCCCCAAUCGUUAGACUCCACUGCGCACCUCUUGAAAAUCAUAAUGUAGCCGGGUUGUUCCGCCUCUGCGUGGCCACAAUGCUCGCACUUCCGGAGUUCAAGAGCCUCCUCAAUGGCUGCAUCUACAAUAUCUAAACGCUAGUGAUAAGGCCCAGACCCGCUAGAGCCCCACCGAUACACUUGCUGUAAUUCAAACAAAGAAUGGGUUACCUGUGCCAAACCCGAGAAGACCCUGGGUACUAGAUGGAGAAACGUAUCGUACUUGAGAGGCAAACUGGAAGGUUGACGAGACUGCAAACUUCGUGUAUCCUUGUAAUCAGAAAGGUGCAAUCACUGCAAUGGCUACUCUUGAUGAUAACUGGCAGACAAAACGUUCAACUAUCAGCGAGAGAGCCAAAUUUAUUUUCAAUAACGAAUUAUUAAGUGAUGUGAAGUUCGUAGUUCCCGCGUCGCAUAACGAAAGUGAAAGGCGGGAGAGUCAGAAGUGCAUUCCAGCUCACAAGUUUAUACUUGCAAUCAGCAGUCCUGUUUUCUAUGCCAUGUUCUAUGGUGAAAUGGCAGAGACGUCAGGCACUAUUCAACUGCCCGACUGUGAUUAUGAGAGUCUCUUAGAGUUGUUUCGUUUUCUGUACAGCGAUGAAGUGAACUUGAGCGGAAGUAAUGUCAUGCAAGUUCUCUACUUAGCAAAAAAAUACCUGGUACCUUCACUCGCUGAUAACUGCACUGAAUAUCUUCAGGAACAUCUAGCGGCGUCGAAUGUGUUCUCUGUUCUACCGCAAGCUCAGAAAUUUGAGGAUAAAGAUCUGGAAGAACGGUGCUGGGAAGUAAUUGAGGCGCAAACCGAGAAUGCUCUGACGUCGGAAGAAUUUGUCACGCUUGAGAAAUCUGUAGUUGAGUCUGUGGUGAAAAGGGAGAGAUUGAAUGUAAAGGAAGUGGAUUUAUUUAAAGCUGUUGAUCGCUGGGUCACUAAAGAAGUGGAAAGGCAAAGACUAACCCCUGAUGGCAAGGUCAAAAGAAGGAUUCUUGGAGAGGAAAUUGUGAAAGCAAUAAGGUUUCCAGUGAUGUCUCCGAAGGAGUUUGCUUCGGUUUUGGAUUGUGAUAUUCUGACUAAAAAACAGAUUGUUUUUAUGAUGAAACACUACGGUGGUGGUGGUUUAGAGUCUUCUUUACCAUUUAUGCAUUCCCCCAGACAGCCUGGCCUUUUUCAUCGAAUUUACAGAUUUACAGAAGUAAGUCCGCCCGAAAUGCCUAAUGGUUCCUGGCACUACACUAGUGGUAAUGCUGAUGCCCUCAAUCUAACUGUCAGCAAAGCCAUUACGUUACAUGGAGUGCAGCAUUUUGGUAGUGAAAGUGGCGAAUACACAGUUUCAUUAGAAGUGAAAGAUGUGGCAAAUAGCGGUUUUUCUCUGAAAAAACUGACGGGCAUGUAUUCCUCCGAGAAAAAUGAGACAAAUGGUUACUAUGGAUUUGAUGUCAUGUUUGAUCACCCUGUUUCUCUUGAGCAGGGUAAAACGUAUGAGACUGUAUCUCUUAUCAAAGGCCCAUCAUCGUGGCGCGUGACUAAUGGAAAAGAAUCUGACGAGGUUCAAGGAAUCCAGUUUUCAUUUAUCUCUUCAGCUUCUUCUAAGAAUGGAACUAAUGUCAAAACUGGCCAGUUUCCUGCAUUUAUUUUCAGCACAAUGUAG